UGCCCUCCAUGGUUUCUGCCCUACUCAAGAGCCUCCCAUCUUACAUUUUAAAGAUUUGCAAAGGAAUGUUUACAAAGAAAUUGGUGAAUCCCACAAAGAAGAGAGAGAGCAGUGAAAAUAAAAAAGAGCUAAAAUUGACACCUGAUGCAGAAACACGAAAUCCAAACUUCUCCACAGCACUGAAAAGCACAGUCAAAAAAAUCUCAAAAUGUUCAUCAGCACGCAAUAUAUCCCUUGAAGAAGACGACGGCAAGGACUGCUCAUCCCUUUCGCCAACUUUUAGUUACCGCGUAGCGAUAGCUAACGGACUCCAAAAAAAUGCUCUUUUAGGCAAGAAAAAUGAAGGUGUCCUUCAAGAGGUGUUGUCUACUGAUAGCAGCAAUUUUGACUCCCUGAGUGAGGUUAAACUCCUCCAUAGAUUUGAUGAACACAAAGCUCUUACCAUGCCAGUGAGAAGGAACCGGAAGAGCCUGAUCAGUCUGGCGCCCUCAGACGGAAGCUCGGAGGGUGAACGGGUAGAACGCAACAGUUUACAGACUCUCCGACUGGGUGCCUUGCGGAAGCUAAGGAAGUGGAAGAAAAGUCAGGAAUGUGUCUCCUCAGAUUCAGAUGCGAGCACCUGGAGGAAGACCCUUGGCCUCAGGAGCAAGUCUCUGGACAGAGCUGGAAGGCAGCAGAAGGUGACCUCGCUGGAGCCUGGCUCCAGCUCCACGGGCUGCAUCAGCCAGACCCAGGAUGUCAUGGAGAUGAUCUUCAAAGAGCUACAGGGUAUCAGCCAGAUCGAGACGGAGCUCUCCGAGCUGCGGGGCCAUGUCAAUGCCCUCAAGAACUCCAUUGAUGAGAUCUCAAGCAGCGUGGAGGUGGUGCAGAGCGAGAUCGAGCAACUCCGUUCGGGCUUCGUGCAGUCCAGGCGAGAGACACGGGACAUACACGACUACAUCAAGCAUAUUAGCAACCAGGGCAGCAGCACCACCCUGAGAUUCCUAAACGUGCCUGAGGAAAAGCUGGAGAAAACUGAGAAUCUCAUUUACCAAAUUCUAAAAGAGAAGAUGGGUUUCACUGAAGCACACAAGACAAUUAGAAUUGAACUCGCCCAUCGGUUAGGACAACAAAGAGAAUGUCCCAACGCUAAGCCACGUCCUAUAAUUGUUAUCUUUUCAACCCCACAAGACAGGGAUUUAGUAUUGAAAAAGUGCUACAAACUGAAAGGCACUGGUAUAUCAAUAUCCACCGAUAGCCUCCCUCAUGAGACAAAGGAAAGGAAAGAGAAAGCAAUGACCACUUCUCAAACUUAUGAAAGCAUGGACAUUAAAGUCUCCACGAAAGACAAACCUGAAGUCGAUGACUGGGACAACAUGUCUAUGGAGAGUGACAAAGAGUUAGAGGACCUUAACAGGAACCGAUAUGCAGUUGUGCCUAAGAUACCACACAAAAGUAAAUCGGACAAAAAAAAAUCCCACGAGGCUGUAGCUGGCAAUACAUUUCCAAGCUCAGUGCAUUAUGCUGAUGACACCUAUCAAACAGUUGUGUAUGAAGACAAUGACAGGCAGGCGAAGUCAUACUACUCAGACUUAACCCCCAUGUGGCUCUCUCAGAGUGAUUACUCAACGCCCAAACUCAGCCGCUCAGAGUCGGACUGCUCCAAAUUGUGCCAGUCUUACUCAGAGGACUUCUCGGAGAGUCAAUACUUCAGCAGAACCAAUGGCUGUUCCCUGCUCUCAUCUUCAGAUCAAGAGCUCUGGCAGAGGAAGCAGGAGGACAUGGCAUCCUCUUGGUAUGCAAGUCCACCUAGUCAAACCCUCAGCCAGGAAAACCCUACUUAUGUGGAGCCUAAUGAAGCGGAGACAACUGAAACCAUUGACAGUGGCGUGAGCAAUGGCCUCGUCUGCAUAUCAGGUGACAGGAGCCACUACAGCAGUUCCCAGCUCUCCUUGCAGGGUGACGUUUCACCUUGGAAGGACUGGCACCAUUUAGAACAAGGUGCUGAUUCAGGCCUUGAUGCUUCAACCGAGCAGAACUUUGUUUCCGAGGUCAGCAGUCCAUUUGACCCCUCAGUUCAUGCAGGCUUCCCUGAAAACAUUACAAAAUGCCAAGAGGUGGACUUACAGUUUGAAGGGGAGAACUACCUGACCCUUGAUAGCACACCUUCCAUAUGCCCUGGGGCAGAGAGUGAAUCUGUGAGCCAGCCAGACGCUCAAAGUGACCCUUACCCAGAGGCAAUUGUGAGUAAUGCCUAUCAAAAUCAGACCCGAACCCCAACCAUGUACCGCAGUCAGAGCGAAAUCAGAAGUGAAAAGGUGGAGGAUCCACCCAAAUCCUGGCAUAGUAGGCUCAGCAUAGACCUCUCUGACAAAACAUUCAGCUUCCCAACGUUCGGAUCAACUCUGCAACGGGCUAAAUCUGCCCUGGAGGUCGUCUGGAAUAAAAGCUCGCAGAGUGUCAAUGCUAUGGAAGAACCCAGCAGCUCUACCUUCAUGGGCCGCUUCAGGACUCUCUCUCAAUCCACCGCAAAUGACUCCAGCACAACGAUCGAUUCUGAUGUGUAUGCAGACCCUUUCUACCACAAACCCGAGGAGGAGGAAUGCAGUGAGCCGACGGUUGACAAUGAGACACAUUAUGUGGAGGUUAUGGAGCAAGUGCUAGCCAAUCUGGAGAACAGGACAAAUGCCAAUGAGUCUGAGGAACAAUAUCAAGACUAUGAUGUGUCACAGGAAGGGAAUAUUGUGCUAGAAUAUGACUGCAGCUACGAUGAGCAAUACGACUUAGAAUACAGUGAGGAUUGCGAAGACAACCCGGUAACUGAAGACACCCAGGAGUAUGAAGCUAUGGUCUACACAGAAGAAACUGAGGAGGUUGAGGAGGUUGAGGAGGUUGAGGAGGUUGAGGAGGUUGAGGAGGUUGAGGAGGAGGAGAAGGAGGAGGACACUGAAGAAAUCCAACCAAUCGAGGAACAGGAGGUCAUUGAGGAAACAGUUCAGCAAGAGGAUGAGAACCAAAACCUUCCGGAGGAACCGCCGAUUGAGACUCCACCCAAAAAGAGAAUACGACCAACUUUCAAAGAAGCCGCGCUGCGGGCAUACAGGAAGCAAAUGGCCGAGCUGGAGGAACAGAUCCUUGCUGGAGAUAGCAGUGCUUUGGACACGCAGGCACGGCUGGUGAGCGGCAAUGUCCUGGACGCGUCAAAACUUCUUGGGCUUCAGGGUGCCGGAGGGCCUGGCAGCAUACUUUAUGGUAUUGACAGUAUGCCGGAUUUACGACGCAAGAGGACCAUGCCUAUUGUCCGAGACCUAGCUUUGACAUUGACUGCUCGAAAGGCAGGCAUUUCUUUUGCCCUUGUGACACGAUCUACCUUGAACAAUGAAGACCUGAAAGUGCACGUCUUAAGGAAGACCUUGCAGGCCUUAAUCUAUCCGAUUUCAUCCACCACGCCUCACAAUUUCGAAGUCUGGACGGCGACGACUCCCACGUACUGCUACGAGUGCGAGGGGCUCCUGUGGGGCAUCGCGCGCCAGGGCAUGCGCUGCACCGAGUGUGGGGUCAAAUGCCACGAGAAGUGCCAGGACCUGCUCAACGCCGACUGCCUGCAGCGAGCCGUGGAGAAGAGCUCCAAGCACGGCGCCGAGGACAAAACCCAGAACAUCAUCAUGGCCAUGAAGGAGAGGAUGAAGAUCCGGGAGAAGAACCGGCUGGAAGUGUUCGAGGUCAUCCAGGAGAUGUUUGGAGUUUCCAAGGAGGAUUUUGUGACCCACCUGAAGACGGCCAAACAGGCGGUGCUUGAGGGCACGUCGAAGUGGUCUGCCAAAAUCACCAUCACAGUUAUGUGUGCUCAGGGCUUGCAAGCCAAGGACAAGACGGGGUCCAGUGACCCAUAUGUCACCGUGCAGAUUGGCAAGACCAAGCGCCGGACCAAGACCAUCUUCGGCAACCUCAACCCUGUCUGGGACGAGAAGUUCUUUUUCGAGUGCCACAAUGCCACAGACCGGAUUAAGGUGAGAGUGUGGGACGAGGACGAUGACAUCAAGUCGCGGGUGAAGCAGCACUUCAAAAAAGAGUCGGAUGACUUCCUCGGGCAAACCAUCAUCGAAGUGCGGACGCUCAGCGGCGAAAUGGACGUGUGGUACAACCUAGAAAAACGAACAGAUAAAUCGGUGGUGUCUGGCGCCAUCAGGCUGAAGAUCAGCGUGGAGAUGAAAGGAGAGGAGAAGGCGGCCCCGCCCCACGGCCAGUAUACCUGCUUACAUGAGAACCUGUUCCAUUACCUGACGGAGGUGAAGAACGGUGGCGUGGUGAAGAUCCCUGAGGUGAAGGGUGACGAGGCCUGGAAGGUCUACUUUGACGAUGUCUCCCAGGAGAUCGUGGACGAGUUCGCCAUGCGAUACGGGGUGGAGGCCAUAUACCAGGCAAUGACGCAUUUCUCCUGCCUGUCCUCUAAGUACAUGUGUCCCGGUGUGCCAGCUGUGAUGAGCAACCUGCUGGCCAACAUCAACGCCUACUUCGCUCACACCACCACGGCCACCACCAACAUCUCCGCUUCCGACCGCUUCGCUGCCUCCAACUUCGGAAGGGAAAAAUUUGUCAAACUCCUAGACCAGCUGCACAAUUCGUUGAGGAUUGAUCUGUCUAAAUAUCGGGAUAAUUUCCCUGCCAGCAACCCAGAAAGGCUCCAGGACCUCAAAUCCACAGUGGAUCUGCUAACCAGCAUCACCUUCUUCAGAAUGAAGGUUCAGGAGCUGCAGAGCCCGCCCAGAGCAAGCAUGGUGGUGAAAGACUGUGUACGAGCUUGCCUGGAUUCCACCUACAGAUACAUUUUCGACAACUGCCAUGACCUUUACAACCAGCUUCUCGAUCAGGCUAAAAAACAGGAUAUCCCACGUGAGGAGCAGGGCCCGUCAAUCAAGAACCUGGACUUCUGGCCCAAACUCAUCACCCUGAUGGUGUCUGUUAUCGAUGAGGACAGGACGGCAUACACCCCCGUAAUCAAUCAGUUUCCACAAGAGCUUAACAUGGGCAAAAUCAGUGCAGAGAUCACAUGGAAUCUCUUCGCCAUGGACAUGAAGUAUGCUAUGGAAGAACAUGAAAAAAACAGACUGUGCAAGAGCACUGAGUACAUGAAUCUGCACUUCAAAGUGAAAUGGUUUCAUAAUGAGUAUGUCCGAGAUCUGCCUGCCUUCAAGGACUCCGUUCCGGAAUAUUCGCUGUGGUUUGAUCCCUUUGUAAUUCAGUGGCUGGAUGAAAAUGAAGAUGUCUCCAUGGAGUUUCUGCACGGAGCACUAGAAAGAGACAAAAAGGAUGGGUUCCAGCAGACAUCUGAGCAUGCUCUGUUCUCCUGCUCCGUGGUUGACGUCUUCACACAACUCAACCAGAGCUUUGAGAUCAUCAAGAAGUUGGAGUGCCCCAACCCGCAAGCAUUGGCCCACUUCAUGUGCCGCUUUGCCAAGACCAUCAACAAAGUCCUUCUUCAGUACGCUGCCAUUGUAUCGAAGGACUUUGGCAUCCAUCUGAGCAAAGAGAAUGUGGCCUGCAUCCUGCUUAACAAUAUCCAACAGCUACGAGUCCAGCUGGAGAAGAUGUUUGAAUCUAUGGGUGGGAAGCAGCUGGAUGCUGAGGCCAGUGACCUGCUGAAGGAACUGCAGAACAAGCUGAACACUGUCCUGGAUGAGCUGAGCGGAGUGUUCGGGUCCAGUUUCAAGGCCGUAAUUGAAGACUGCGUGAAGCAGAUGAACCAGGAGCUGGUCCAGAUGAAGGGGAACGGAGGGGCGAACAAGAGCAACGCGGCCAUGGACGCCGAGGUGGUGCUGAGACCCCUGAUGGAUCUGCUGGACAAGAAUUUGAUUUUGUUUGCUAAGAUCUGUGAGAAGACUGUCCUAAAGAGAGUUCUGAAAGAACUGUGGAAGAUUGUCUUGAACACCAUCGAGAGACAGAUCGUACUGCCUCCCCUGACUGACCAGAGUCAGCAGGGAGCACAGAUGAUUUUCAGUGCUGCCAAGGACUUGGGACAGCUCUCCAAAUUAAAGGAGCAUGUGAUUCGAGAGGAAGCUCGAAGCCUGUCUCCCCGGCAGUGUGCGGCCAUGGAUUUGGUUCUGCCCACCAUCAAGCAAUAUUUCCACGCUGGAGGAAACGGCCUGAAGAAGACGUACUUGGAGAAGAGUCCAGAGCUGAAGUCUUUGAAGUACGCGCUUAGCCUUUACACACAAACUACAGAUGCCUUGAUCAAGAAGUACGUAAGCACCCAGCCCUCCCAAGGUCAGUCAUCCAGUGCAUCGGUGGGUGAGGUGUCCAUUCAGUUGGACCUCAUUUCCCAUCCUGGCACCGGGGAGCACAAAGUCAACGUGAAGGUUGUUGCCGUGAACAACCUCAUCUGGCAGACCAAUGCCAUGUUCCGCCCCUUUGUGGAGGUCAAUGCCGUUGGGCCCCACCUUGCUGAUAAAAAGCGGAAAUUUGGCACCAAGACCAAGAACAACAACUGGUCUCCCAAGUACAAUGAAGCCUUCCAGUUUGUUCUGAGCAACGAGCAUGAGCCGGACGCCUACGAGCUUCACAUCUCGGUGAAGGACUACUGCUUCGCCCGGGAGGACCGCGUGGUCGGGAUGACCGUCAUACAGCUGAAGGAGCUGGCAGGGAAGGCGAGCAGUUCGGCCUGGUACCCGCUGGUCAGGAACAUCUCCAUGGACGACACUGGACUGACCAUCAUGAGAAUACUCUCCCAGAGGACCAACGAUGAAGUGGCCAAAGAGUUUGUGCGUCUGAAGUCGGAGACGCGAUCUCCUGAAGAAGUGUCAUAAAGCACGCCAGGGCGCGCCCGGGGGACCGCUCCCGUGCGGACUGUGGAGACAAGUUGUGUGUCGUUCGUUUCGUGCAUGUGUGUAAAACAUCUGUCGGAAUGUUUCAUUUUUAAGUACAGUACGUACAAGUGUUUACCGAUACUUGCUCUGAAGUACUAUAUUCUCUGAGUUAUGUUUAAUGAGAUAUUAAAUAAAUUUUUGUACUAAAUUUAGUCUUUUUGAACUGAAAUUUGUUCAGAUGAAGUGCCAAACCAUAGGGAAAAAUACAAAAAAAGUACAAAAAAAACCCCAUGGUGAAUUAGGUAUCAUUAUUUUGCCCAGUGUUCUCAUUCAUUCUUCAUUCGAAGGUUUAGAAUUGUUACAUGUUUUCAUCUGCAGUGAUCUUUUGAUACAGUGCUCUACACAACACGUUGUGUAUAUCCUGUUUUCAUCCCUGUCCUCUCAAUCUCACACCAAACGUUGGCUUGGGUCUUACGCUUUGAAUUUUGUGACCUGAAAAUAGGCAAUUUUUUUAGGAAAAAAAAGGGCAAUGACUGCUAUUAAACCUUCAUAAGUCUUUGUAAUUUUAUAACAAGGAGGACAGCCUCCCUCACAAUCAGUAAAUAGAAAGGGUGGAAACAUUUUUUUCUUUAAAAUUGUUUUUAAAAAAUCAUCAUUAUUAUUAUUAUUAUUAUUAUUAUUAUUUUUCCAUUGGCUUCCUGCCUUUCUGAAUUAUCACUGUGAACAUGAGCUUUUGAAGGCAAGCUUACGUAACACUGAUGUUAGUUUGAUAUCGUUUCAUAUGAAAAAACAACUGUUCCUGAGAAACUGCCAAAGUUAUAUUAAAAUGUUUGUACAAAAAAUCAAUCCAUUACCUGCAAGAUAUAUACAUACAUAUGUACAUGUGCUAUGUGACUUUUUCAGUGCUACAUAACCUGGUUGUUGAUGGGGUGAUUCUCAUAUACUUUAAUUUUUUUAAACUGUCAACCAGUUUUAAAGUUGCAAAUGUUGCUUCUACAUCAAUUGUAUCAGCUUCAACCAGUCCAUGUUUAUUUUUUUAUUUUAAAAGGAAAGAGUAUAACAUUUGGUAAUUAUGCAACAUUCCUGAGUAUUGCACUGAUGGCGAAUUGUUUGUCAUGUAAAUAUAUUUAGUGAGAAAUUCAAAGAUUGAUCAUGUUUUUUUUAUUGCCUAAGAGUCAAAUGGGGAUUUAAAGAAAAGGGACUGUAAUUCAUUGAUCAAAAACAUCAUAUGAGAAACAAAAUGCCUGUUGUGACCAUUUCCAUAUUUCAUGAAUACUUGAAUCUGUCUUGAUAUUUUUAUAUCUCUCAUUUUCAAACAAUGUGUACAUCAUGCACCAUUUUCACACUAAUAUAGGGAGGCACCGGAAGAUAUUUGAAGCAUCACUCAAUAAAAACUAUUACCUAGGAACAUGAAACACGAAGUUUAAAUAUUAAAUAUUCAGAGAGGAAUACUAACAGGAAUUCUCACAUUAGCAGAAUAUUAUGUACAAUUGAUAACUAAGUGCCAUAAACUGAGUAUUGUUAGUCGCUAUGAGCAACUGACAAUUCCUGGAGGUGCGUUCGGUUUGUCUGGUCUGAUUACAAACAUUCAGCAGAAUGAACGUUUUCUCUGCUUUAUUGCAUAACUGUGACUCCAUUGCAGAUUGCUAGCCUGUGGUCUGUCUGUGCCAGUUGUGUUGGUUGCAGUUCUCUGGUGCUUUAACUGGCUAACCCAUCUGAUGGACUGAAGAAUAAAGAAGAAUAGGUGGCUGGUGCAUUGUGUGUGAUGUACAGUACAUCAGUGGUUUCCAACCCUGUCCCUGGAGAUCCACCAUCCUGCAGGUUUUCAAUCUGACCCUAACAAAGCACACCUCUUUCAACAGCAAAAGCUGCUAAUUAGUAGGAUCAGGCGUGCCAAAUUAAGGUUGAAAUAAAAACCUAUCGGAUGGUAGAUCUUCAGGAACAGUACAUGAUGGUGCUAUUCCGCCUGUACUGAUAGAGGUUGUUGCGGGCUUUAACUAUGACUGCGGAUUCCAAAUUGUGGAAUAAAAGAAAGAAAUUGUAAGAUAUGCACAAAAAAUUGAAAUGAAUAACUAUUUUGAAAAUGGAUUUGUGCAAAAUUGCAUUCUACUAUAAAUGUGAUGUAAAAUAUGUUAAUGUAAUCUUUCCUGCUGAUUCCAACUACAGAUGAGGAAAUGCAGUGCUUACUUAUACAGUGGAAGGGAAAACUUUCAGUUGUAGCUCUGGAAAAAUCUAGGCAAAUGCAAGCUUACAUUAUAUCCUAUAGUGUGAUUUGUUUUACAAAUAUUCAACUGGUGUAUUACUAUCUGAUAUAUUCUCAGAAAAUGAGCAUCACCUUUUUUUUUCUUCUUAAAACCUAGGUUGACACAGGGUGAUAAAUCAUACUAUGUAUUCCUAAUCCCUAUAUGUACUACUAGUACUGUAGUGUCUGUGUUGGGGUUUUAGCUAGAGCGCUGUAUGAAUCUAGUCUGGUUUCCAUGGAGACUAAGUUCACCACUGAGAGCAAUCACUGCCCGGCACACACACAAAAUCAUUAACCACAGGCACCAGAAAGGGUAUGUCAUCUCCCCUCACCAUAAUGAACCUUCAGUUGGCCAUUCACUAACCUGACAAUGUAUAGGAGGCCAUAUAACAUUGUAUGCACACACCUCACAAAAAAACUAUAUAUUACAACAUACACUCCUAUAUACAUACACUCCUCACAUAGACUAGUGAACCUGUGGGUCCUCAAGCGGCACCUUUUGAAUCUCUGCUUCUGUGACGUAUGCAGUUUUUGUGAAUUUAGAAAUCAUUUGAAUACAUUAUUUCUUUCAUUAUCCAUUAUGACUGAUCUCUUAUUAUAGAAGCAAUAGCACUGUUGACGCCACAUUUUUCAUGUGGCUGAACUACAAAUACUUUCAACCGAAUAUAUAAAGCAGUUCGUCAGUGGGUAAAAGCAAAAUGCCUCCAUCUUAAUUUUCUACUUUACAUGUAUACUGUUUACACUGAUGUAUUUCUGUAAUCCUAAAAGGAUGAUAGCUCAUUUGUAUUGCUGUGAUAUCAAUUGCGUGAUAAUGAUUCACACUAAUAAGAGAAAUUAAUUGAGUAGCUUCCUGAAGUCUGGUGCAUUUUACAUCAGUGUCAAAAUAAUAUGUAAUAAUGUAUGAAUGUAAUGUGCGAUAUGUGUAAUGUAGAAUAACUGAAUGGGACGUACAUUGAAAAUGGAAAAAGUGAAAAAUUUGAAAAUGGAGGUGGGGUGGGUGUAGCAUAAUGGUCUUAAAAAAUAAUCACUUGCAGUCAGUUACUGCUGAAGGGCUAUUUGGUCCCCAUAAAUUUGUUUGUUCUUUCACCUGGCAGAUGUUUUAAAUGUGUUAUUUACAAGUUCCUUGUAUUUUGUUAAGAAAAAAGAAAAAGAUGGUUAGAUCUGGGGUUUACUAGUGUCCUCAUUUGUACCGUAUUUGUGGUGCCUGGGUGUGCAUGGUAAUUAUACAAGAGCUUUGACGAAGCAUAAAACUUUAUUGCUGAUGUUACUGGAACAGGUUCUUUAAGGGAAAUAAUGCUGUUUCUAUGCAAUGUUGGCAAAAUGUCAAUAGCAGCCAAAUGAGCUGUGGAAAAGUCAUAUUAAUUGUGACGAUAUUGUAAGCUGCUGUUCUGUUUAUGGAUAUAGGCUGUGAUUAAAGACAUUAGUCAUAUGAUCUAC